AUGAGAAGCAUAACAGGAGUGAUAUUGAUUCUGUUGUUGAAUCAGAACGUUUUGUGCAGUCCAAAAAAGAUCAACACAGAUUUUUUAAAUUUAUUGAGUUCAAAAACAAAUGUAUUGAGUUCUUAGGAUGCAAUUCAAUCUGUUUUGAUACUUUUGGAAGACUUAUAAGGAGCGAAUUUAGAAGCCCAAGAUAAGGCAGAUUUAACAUUUAAGAGAUUCGAUAAUGCUAUAUUACAGGAUAUCAAUGAGUUUUCAGGAAUAGUGAAUGUGAAUUCAAAGAGUGCAGCUGCUGCUCAAUAGGACUUGGAAGCUGUAGAUCUUAAGAUUUAACAGACAACAGAUUAUUUGAAUUGGAAUAACAAGAGAUACAAGGGAAACGAAGUAAAGUUGGAGAAUUUGGCAGAAUAACGUUGUGAGGCUAAUGCAUUGUUUAUUGAUACAUUAAGAGAAUAUAAGAAUGCCCUUUCAGUGUUAGAUUGGGUCAAAAGUGAUGCACAAAGCAAAUAAACAAAUUUGGUAGAGAAGAGUCACGUUGGUGAUUAUGCAGAGAAGUUGAGCAAAUACGCAAAUUUAUUUGAAGAGUAGGCAGUGCAAGAUUUCGUGAAGUUGGGUGAUGAUGAAAAUACAUUUUCAUAAUCAAGGUAAAGAGAAAAUGGGGCAGAAUUGGUAUAGUUGAUGACAAAGGAUGUAGUAGGUGUGGUAAAAUAGUUGAUAGAGAAAUUGAGAGAGACAAUAAAGGGAUUGGAAGAGUAGGAGAUUUAAUCAGCUAAUGAUUUCGCAGAUUUCAAGACCAAUCUAUUGGCUGAACAAGAGUCUUUGAAAUAGGAGUAUGAUGCUAAGGCUAAGUUCUUAAAUUCCUUACAAAAUGACAAGGAGUUGGCAUCUGACAUUUUAAUAAAGAAGAAGGAAUUGCAGGAGUAGAGCAUGAGAAUUUUGAGUCUAACAUAAGAGGAGUACAAUUACAAGAAGAAGUUGUAUACUGAAGAGAAGGCCAAGAGACACGAGGAGAACCAAUUGUUGGAGGAAUCUCUAUUGAUAUACAGAGAAAGGAUAGCAACAGUUAAUGAAUAUCUGAAGAAGAGAGUGAAUGAAUAUGUUGGAGAUUCUUUGAUUGAAGAAAACGUUGUAAGCAAAUAGCAAUCUGUUUCGUAAAGAAAGGGAUAAUGA